GCUAUAAAAUUAGCUGCCAAAGAAGCUAUCGUUGCCAAUGUCAACAACAAGUAUCUAUUUUGUUGGUGGUGUUUUCAACAUUUUAAACAGUAAAAUUGUGUACGCUAAAACGGUUAUUUGGUCACAGUAUUAUUGAGGAGAACCUAAUAUAGAAUCUGAUUGACUCCUAACCAGCAAGAUGAAACAUGCAUCCCUGCUGCAUCAUUGUGUCAAAAUAUUGGACAGUUUUAACAAGAAAGUUCAUGGGGUCGAGCAACAUCUUGCUUCAUACAUUCAUCAGAACAAGACUCUGGAUCCAGGGGAGCAAGCUUUUAUCACUGAGGUGUUUUCUGGAAGUGUUCAACAUGCUAAAGUGAUGAAUAUUGUAGUUGAGGGCUUCUUCAGGUCUCACGGCUGGAACUCACUCAAAUCAGAUAAAAAUCUCUACACUGUGCUAUGCUACCUUAGUCUGUAUCGUCUUGAUGAAUUAGGAAUGGCUAAUUACAGAAAGUUCAUUAGGACUCAAGAUGUUAACAAAAUGUUCCGGUUUCUGGCCUUCUUUCUGAAUGAAGAUAACUUGCUGUCUUGGAUCAAAGAUGAAUGGUGUAAAAUAUAUGAACACACCUAUGUACAGGUGAACCUAAUGUCACCUAUACUCAGAUGGUUGCCAGAACUGAAGGAGCUUAUCAGUCAAUUACAAGAUAAAAUCAAUAAUAAGGUGAAAUCCACAAAAUCUCUUAAGGCUGUUACAGAACCAGUAGCUUUCAAACUAACAAAGCCAAGACCCCGGAGUGUACCAGUUCCUGAAAGAAUUGCAACAGUAGCGAAGCCAAAAGAAGUUCCCAAAUCAACCUAUAAGGUACCAUCAGAACACAAGCUGAUUCAAGAAGCUAAGGAGAGGAACAGACGACGAACUGAAGAACAACUUCUUGAGUCAACGAAGUCGCAAUUUAAAUGUGCAACAAAAGAAAAAUCAGAGAAAACUAAACUUAGGAUUCAAAAUGUUAUCGCUGAUCAGGAAAGCAAAUUGAGGUUUGAAGGCAGCAGAGCACGUCCAUUACCUAGCAACAACACAGACAAUAUCCCCAUUAAGCUAAACAUGGCUACCAUUCUUAGGGAAGGUGCCCUCUAUCAAAGACGUGAGGAGGAUGCAAUAAAAAAACUGAACUUACUUGAAGCUGGUGCCAAAGAUGCCUCGGAGUUCCUAACCUGGCAAGAGGAAAUGCGGCAGAAGGAUUUAGAUAAGGAACUCGCUGUGAUUGAACGAAGACGUCUUGAGGGUAAACUUAGUCAUGAGGAAGCUAUCUUGGCACGGCAGUCUUUGAUCCAAGAUAAUCGGCAGAAGGUCUUAAAGAUGAAAGAGGAGGCUGAAAAGAUGAUGCAGGAGUAUGUUGCAAGAAGGUUAGAGGAGGAGAAAGUCUUACGAGAACUGGUAGAGGAUGUUAUGGCGGGGCAUCAAAAUGCUAAACAAACCAAACAAAAACUUCAGAAUUACAAGCGCAAGAUAGCUGAAGAAGUGAGUGAAGAGAGUCGAGAGUUACUUAGACAAGCUUUUGAAGAGGCAGCUAUUGAAAUGCAACGCAAGCUAGACCUAGUUCAGGAAAUACGAGCAAUGGAAGCAGCGCCCAAGAACACAAAGAAAUUCAUUGAUUGGACAAGUACUGCCGGCCAUGCAUUACUAAGUGAGAUGUCAAUAGCUGAGCUGAAAGAGAGACUUUCGUUGAUGAAGGCCAAACAAAUUGAAGAGGAAGAAAAUAAACGCGACUUCAUUUUGGAAGCUAAAGAAGCCAAGGAGCACAUGUUAAUGGAAAAAUUAGAGCAAAUAUCACGACACAGAUUUGCUGAGGGUCAGAUGGCUUCAAAGAAACAAUCUGUGAAGCAGAAAAAAAAUGAUAAUGCAAAAAUCAUGGAUCCAAAGUUGAAGGCCCUACAAGAAAGGUUAGAACAGAAGAGAAUUGAAAGGUUAGAAGUGACGGAAAAAAAUAAAAUUCAGCCAACAAAGGAGUCGGCCGCUUUAACAAGCAACCUCAACAAACAAAAGGUUUGCUAUUCUAUUGUGUAAUCGUUAUUUUAUUUA